UGUUUGUUCAGUGCUCUAAUUGUUUUCUAUUCUUUAAGUUGAACGAGAUAAUUAAUUACAAGUAAGCUUGUUCGCGUUAAUACGAGAAGAAUGAAGAGAAAAGAUUAUAAGAAGAUACCGGUCAACUCUUUCUUGGUCGAAAUAAAGUGGCGCAAUUCUACCAGGCUUAAAUACGAGAAUCGCAUUAAAGUUGUGUACCCUAAAGGGCAAAAAAAAAAAGGAAAUAUAGUUCAAAAUAUCCUUUAAAAUCAAGUCAGUAAAUUUUGGUCUCAAUCCAAGUUUCCGACUACUUUUUACCUCGAAUCCAUUACAUGAUUCAUGCAUAGUUAUUUUUUAGGGAUAAAAAAGUUAUAUUUCAUUUGUAGUUAAAUAAAUGAUCCGAUUCAUAUUUAUUUUUACCCCUAAAAAAGUAGAAUAUGUUCCAAACCAUAUUCAUUUUUUCUAAAAGAGUGGGAUAGGACCUAAUACAUAUUCAUUUUUUCACUAAAAAAAUGGAAUAUGACCCUUUUGCACAUAAAAAAUUGUCUACACGUGAGUCUAAUGGCGAUUUUAAGCUAAAAAAUUAUCAAAAAAUUUAGCUGGAACUAAAUUUUAUUAACUUAAAUUUAUAAAAGAUGUGAAUUUAACAUUUUAGAAUAUGAAGGAUGAAAAAGUUCAUUUGAUGAUCUGUAAGGGAUGUUUUGAACAAUUUUUUUUUCAAAAAAAUCUUAAUUGUCUCAUAACGAAGCAAUAAAAUAAUUGUUAAACCAUAUAAUUUGUCAUUUUUUUCAGCUAUUAAUCUUUCCCUGUUUCACAUGUUAUAGAUUAAAGUCCGAUGACACUGGAAACUUGGAGCCCACGUACCUAAGAAAUUUCCUAAAAAGUAAAAAGUAAAAACUGACAAAUUCCUCACACUGCCUGGUUGCUGAUUACCGUUUUAGAAACUUGGAGCCCACGUCCCUAAGUUAUUUCCUAAAAAUUAAAAACUAACAAAUUCCUCAAGCUGCCUUGUUGCUGAUUCGUCUCAGAGAAUCUCUUCUUUCCUAUUACUGGAAGUAUUUGUCUUGGAUUUCUUGAAAUCCUAGGGCUAGGAAAAGUUUGUCGAGUCUAUAAGAAAAUCGAUAUCCCUAAUCAAACAUCUUAGCAGAUUUUAAGCGUCUCCAAAGAGAUUCUCAAUUAAAGGUUCGUUUUCAUAGCAUCGAUUGUUUUCCGUUCUUUGUUCUAAUUUUAGUGCAGGUUCUCCCUGAAACUUAAUUAUCAAACAAAUCAUCAUGGAGACCUUAGAGCAUGUGAAAAAACCAAAAUCACAAAAUUAUUGUGUUUUCAUGCAGGAAAAAGAGAGCAAGAAUGAAGAAAAUCCCCACAAAAAGGGAGAGGAGGCAAUCCCUGAUGGAAUAAUGCGUGAAGUUUCUGUUGGGAAGGGAUUAUCUGGAGCCCUGAAGCUGUUGUUAGAUCAAGGAUAUCUCAAGGAAACUAAAGAAUUGAGUAAUCCGAAAACGGGCUCGAAAACAAGCAAGCUUGGCGGGAUUUAUGAUGAUCGGGGACAAAGGGAGAUAAUCAUUGAGAGAAGAGAUGAGCUUGGAAAUGUCAUGAAUGAAAAAGAAGCUUUUCGCCAACUUUGUUAUAAGUUUCAAGGGAAGAGGCCUAGUAAAACUAAGCAAGACAAGCGUAUGCGGAAGAUCGAGAGGGAGAAGAAUGUGAAGCUAUCGUCCCAGAAUUCUGAAGAAAGUAUGGUGCUAAUGGAUAAUGCUUUGAAGAAGCUUCAAAAACCUUAUCUUGUUAUCGAAGGGAAAAAAAGGGCUACAUGAUGAAUAGUGCCCACCUGUUGGCUCGCAUGAAGGUCAAUGGCCUGAGCACCAAGAUGCAGCUCCUCGCAAGAGCACUAAAACUAGUAAGUUCCGUGAAGAUCUGCAAUGCAAUACCCUGAACUUUAGGAAUAUUCUACUGUCACAGUGCACUUUAUCUACUAUUGGUAAUUUUUCUC